AGUGUGCACAGAGGAAGAAUAGAACUGCAACUUACAAAAGAACAUGUCAACUCCAAGGAAUAUUCGCAGGCAGGGUGCUUCUGCUUAAAAGCUCAUCAGCCAUAAGCUCUUCAAGAGAGCUAGGGAGGAGAGAGAAAGAAGGAAAGGCUCCUCUUUUGAGAAGACGAGGUUUUAGCUCAGACUAUUGCAGGAGGAAGAGGAAGGAGAGAGAAGCAUGGCUGCCUUCUGGCUCAUCUCUAUCAUUGUCCUUGUACUACUUUCUGGAGAAUCCAAUGCCAAUCCAGCUGCCUCUCAGCAGAGUCAGCUGGAUGUAAACCACAGGAAGCCACUUCAAACUUUCAGACCUUACAACAUUGCCCACAGGGGUUCCAAUGGUGAAAUACCCGAAGAGACCACGGCUGCCUACCUGAGGGCUAUUGAAGAAGGUGCAGACUUCAUAGAGUCUGACAUACUUGCAACAAAGGACGGACAUCUGAUAUGUUUCCACGAUGUUAUAUUGGACGCAACAACUGAUAUCGCCAAUCGUACAGAAUUUGCCAACAGGAAGAGAACCUAUGAAGUUGAGAGACAAAAUGUGACCGGCUGGUUUGUUGUGGAUUUUACUCUUGAAGAACUCAAGUCACUGAGGGUGAAACAACGCUACAAUUUCAGGGACCAACAGUACAAUGGGAAGUACCAGAUUAUUACAUUUGAUGAGUACAUCUUGAUUGCGCUUUAUGCCGAUAGGGUUGUUGGGAUAUACCCAGAGCUCAAGAAUCCCAUUUUCAUCAACGAGCACGUCAAAUGGUCAGACGGGAAGAAGUUUGAGGACAAGUUUGUCCAGACACUGCUGAAAUAUGGUUACAAAGGCGAAUACAUGUCUGAAGAUUGGCUUAAACAGCCAUUGUUCAUUCAAUCCUUCGCACCAUCGUCACUCAUUUACAUGUCAAAUAUGACAAACUCUCCAAAAAUAUUCCUAAUCGACGAUACCACAGUUAGAACUCAAGACACUAAUCAGUCAUACUACGAGAUAACUUCGGACGCUUACCUUGCGUUCAUAAGGAAGUACAUAGUUGGCAUUGGACCAUGGAAAGAUACAAUUGUUCCUCCCAUAAAUAAUUACCUAGGUCCCCCAACCGAUCUUGUCGCGCGAGCACACGCUCUGAAUCUUCAGGUGCAUCCAUACACUUUCAGAAACGAGAACAUGUUCUUGCACUUCGACUUCCACCAAGACCCUUAUCUUGAGUACGAGUAUUGGCUCGGUGAGAUUGGCGUCGACGGGCUUUUCACUGAUUUCACUGGUACCUUGCACAGGUUCCAGGAAUGCACAACUCCGUAUCCAAAGAAUGAAAAGAAUGCAGAGGCACUCUUGCAGAAAAUUAACUACAUGCUGAAGGAUAGCGGAUACUAAGCUUGCAUGACAACUCACUGUACUGUUACUUUUCAGAUUUGUUUCAUUAUUGUCACCACUGAAAAAGGCACCACCCUUGCAGUUUCUACAAUUGUUAAAAUAAAGCAGCUUGUAGAAUAAAAGUAAAUUGAAAUGUGUUUUCACAAUAUCAUGUCUGUAAACCUUAUUCCUAACUCCAGAAAGGGGCAAGAUAGCUAAAACCGAAAA